AUGUCGUUUUUGGUCUUUUUAACGUCAAAAAACGACAUCAUUACGUCAUUAUUUUUGCACCAACCUAAUAUCUAUCUAUCUAUCUAUCUAUCUAUCUAUCUAUCUAUCUAUCUAUCUAUCUAUCUGUCCCAUUUUUUUCAGUUUGUUUACUUCAAUGUAAUAUGCGUUUUUUUCUCUCCCUAUCACUUUUCUUAUCUAUCUAUCUAUCUAUCUAUCUAUCUAUCUAUCUAUCUAUCUAUCUAUCUAUCUAUCUAUCUAUCUCUUUUCUUAUCUAUCUUCUAUAUCUCUCUAUAUAUCUCUUUCCUUAUCUAUCUAUCUAUCUAUCUAUCUAUCUAUCUAUCUAUCUAUCUAUCUAUCUUCUAUAUCUCUCUAUAUAUCUCUUUCCUUAUCUAUCUAUCUAUCUCUCUAUCUCUUUUCUUAUCUAUCUUCUAUAUAUCUCUUUCCUUAUCUAUCUAUCUAUCUAUCUAUCUAUUUUCUCAUCUAUCUUCUAUAUAUCUCUUUCCUUAUCUAUCUAUCUAUCUAUCUAUCUAUCUAUCUAUCUAUCUAUCUAUCUAUCUAUCUAUCUCUUUCCUUAUCUAUCUUCUAUAUCUAUCUAUAUAUCUCUUUCCUUAUCUAUCUAUCUAUCUAUCUAUCUAUCUAUCUAUCUAUCUCUUUUCUUAUAUGUCUAUAUAUAAAGGAAGAAAAAGAAAAAUGCUGAUUGGUGGGUUACGAGGAAAGGCUAACAGGGAAGAAACGAAGUUCCAUGCUCGACGAUGA